AUGGUUGAAUUAACUCCAGAUUUAUUCAAUUCUGACACUGAUGACACUCAAACGGAAGGCCAAGCUUCCACCAGACAGACUGACAUUGACACUGACAAGCCAUCAGGAACAGAUAAAACCCCCAGCAACAACAGGUAUCCAGUCUACUCCAAAGAAACCAACACAGAACAUUUCGAAAUACCUGACAGAGUAAAGUCUUUAGCAGAAUGUAAAGAAAUAAUGUCAGAAGGAAACGAAGUUAGUUCAGGAAAACGAAAACAAAAGAUAAAAAAGAAUGUCCAAGCAUCUAGCAGUGACGAGCAGAGGAAUGAUCAGAAUCUUACAAAAGCACAAUCAGAAGACGAACUUGUCGCGAAAGUGUUCAAUAUUCUAUUGAAUAAGUUCAAUGGACGUGCUGAAUUUUCAGAGCUUAUGGAAAAUAGCACUCGUAUCCAGGAGCUUGGUUUGGGAGCAUAUAACAACGAGAAGAUAGCCAAGAUUGUCAGGUUUAAUGGACGAGCAGAAUUUUCACAACUAAUGGCACAAGAAGAUCUUCCAGAAGAAGCCAAUGAAGUCUCAUGUAAAGAGACAGUGGCAUCUGACGAAGCAUCCAGUCGUCCUGUGAGUAAAGAGAGAGCGGCUCCUGCCCAAGUAUCCAGCAGUCCUACGAAUAAACAGACGGCGGCUCCUGCCCAAGUGUUCAGUAGUCCUGUGAGUAAAGAGACAGCGGCUCCUGCCAAGGUGUCCAUGUGUCUUUUGAGUAAAGAGACAGUGGCUCCUGCCCAAGUGUCCAGCCGCUCUGUCAGUAAAGAGACAGCGGCAUCUGAUGAAGUAUCCAGUCGUCCUGUGAGUAAAGAAACAGCGGCUCGUGUCCAAGUAUCCAGUCGUCCUCUGAGUAAAGAAACAGCAGCUCUUAUCCAAGUAUCCAGUCGUCCUGUGAGUAAAGAAACAGCGGCUACUGUCCAAGUAUCCAGUCGUCCUGUGAGUAAAGAAACAGCGGCUCCUGUCCAAGUAUCCAGUCGUCCUGUGAGUAAAGAGAGAGCGGCUUCUGUCCAAGUAUCCCGUCAUCCUGUGAGUAAAGAGACAGCGGCUCCUGCCGAAGUAUCCAGUCGUCCUGUGAGUAAAGAGACAGCAACAUAUGUUCAAGUAAUCAGUCGUCCUGUGAGUAAAGAGACAGCGCCAUCUGUCUAA